CCCCACACCACCCGCCGCUGAUAGUGACACGACAAGAUAGUCUUUCCCUUGUCCCUUGCCUUCUUCUCCCCCGUCAAAAACCCCCGGCCGCGUCCAGCAAGCCCCACCCAAAUUACGACGUCCAAUGGCGGCGCAGGACGGGCGCGCGCGCGGUGCCAUGGAGGAUUCGAGCGCGCCGCUGCUGCUGCCGCUUCCCCAGGGCGUGGGAGGAGGAGGAGGAGAGCAGGCGGAGGCGGUGAAGGAGGGCCGCUGCCGGGGCCGGUGGUGGUCGGCGGAGGAGGGCAGGAAGGUGGCGCACGUGGCGCUGCCGAUGGCGGCGGUGAGCGUGGCGCAGUACGCGGUGCAGCUGGCGUCCAACAUGAUGGUGGGCCACCUCCCCGGCGGCGGGGUGCUGCCUCUCUCCGCCUCCGCCAUCGCCACCUCCCUCGCCUCCGUCUCCGGAUUCAGCCUCCUCAUUGGAAUGGCAAGCGGAUUAGAAACUCUAUGCGGCCAAGCUUACGGGGCAGAGCAAUACGGCAAAUUGGGGGUGCAGACCUACAGGGCUAUAGUCACGCUUACAGCUGUGAGCAUUCCAAUCUCACUUCUAUGGGUAUUCAUGGGAAAACUCCUGAACAUCAUAGGACAAGACCCCUUGAUCUCACAGGAAGCUGGAAGAUACAUAAUCUGGUUGAUUCCAGGGCUCUUUGCAUACGCAGUCAGCCAGCCACUGACGAAGUUUCUGCAGUCUCAAAGCCUAAUAAUUCCCAUGCUUUGGUCCUCCAUUGCAACAUUGGUCUUGCACAUUCCUCUUUCUUGGUUAUUAGUGUUCAAGACCAGCCUGGGUUUUAUUGGAGCAGCUUUGGCAAUAAGCAUAUCAUACUGGUUGAAUGUAUUUAUGCUUGUUGGAUACAUCAGAUGCUCAACUUCUUGUAAGGAGACCUUCUCACCUCCUACGCUCGAUGCGUUCAGUGGAGUGGGUGUGUUCAUGCGCCUAGCUCUGCCAUCUGCACUAAUGUUAUGUUUUGAAUGGUGGUCAUUUGAGGUCAUUAUACUUCUAUCUGGGCUUCUACCAAACCCAGAGCUGCAGACUUCAGUUCUUUCAAUAUGCAUGACUACUGUCACACUGAUGUACACUAUAGCAUAUGGGCUUGGUGCUGCUGCAAGCACUCGAGUAGCAAAUGAAUUAGGUGCCGGGAAUCCUGAAGGUGCUCGAUUGGCUGUCCGUGUUAUCAUGUUGAUUGCUGUAACUGAGGCAGCUCUUAUCACUGGGACACUGUUGGCAUCCCAGCACAUCUUGGGCUAUGCAUACAGCACUGAUAAGGAGGUUGUCGAGUAUGUCAAUGCCAUGGUUCCCUUUGUGUGCAUCUCAGUUGCUUCAGAUAGCCUACAAGGAGUUCUCUCAGGUAUCGCGCGAGGGUGUGGGUGGCAGCACCUUGGUGCCUACGUUAACCUCGGCUCGUUUUAUCUUUUCGGGAUUCCAAUGUCUCUCCUUCUCGGGUUUGGUCUGAAGAUGGGAGGGAAAGGACUUUGGAUGGGCAUUUCCUCCGGUUCCCUUGUGCAAUUCAUACUCCUCGCUACCAUAGUAUUCUUCAGCAACUGGCAAAAGAUGUCUGAUAAAGCCAGGGAGGGAGUUUUCAGCGGAACUCAAGCGAAGGAACGUUUAAUGUCUGAUGGAACUAUUGCAGUCUGAUUUUGUCACAAACUAUGGAUCCUUUAACCUGGAAGUCUAACGGCAUCUUGGUCUUGUAGAGAUAGUCUCCCAGCAAAGUGCACUUCUAUUUUUAUUUUUAUUUUGAGAGAGAGAGAGAGAGAGAGAGCUGUGAAUGUAUACGGAACGAGACUGCUGAAGAUGUGCAGUUUUGUUGAAGCUGGGAGAAUGAUAUCCGAGACUCAGCAUGUGAGGGUUAGCUUUGGUAGUCAUCUUCCACAAUUGUUUGCAGAUCUACACCAAUUUAAAGAAUAAAUUCAUGUUAAAGCCC